GGUGAACCAUUAACAAAGGGUCCAAUUCAUGUUGUUGAUGUACCAGGACAUGAAAAAUUACGAUUCAAAUUUUCAGACUUUAUGCCUAUUACGCGCGGAAUUAUAUUUAUUAUUGAUAGUUCGACUUGUGCAAAAAAUUCAAGGCAAAUUGCAGAGUAUCUCUAUGAUAUAUUUUCACAUAAAAAAGUAAAACAAAACAUUCCUACAUUAAUCGCAUGUAAUAUGAGUGACAUGAUUACAGCAUUACCACCUGAACGUAUACAAACCCUACUCGAAAAUGAAAUAAACCGUCUACGAAUAACUCGCACAUCUGGAUUGGAUCAUCAAGAUUCAAUAGAUGAGGUAGAAUUUUUAGGUUACGAAUCAGAAAAUUUUAAAUUUGAGCAUCUGGAAAACGAUGUUGUAUUUGAAAAAUGUUCUGUCAAGGAAGGUGAAAUUGAAGUAAUUAAAAAAUGGAUUGUAGAUACAUUUCAAAGAAAAUAA